AGCGCCUACACGACGACUCAGCUACAUCAAUGUGGUUUUUGAAGACAUUCAUUCUUGCCGUGCUGCUUACAGUUCCGUCAUCGCAAUGGGAUAAGGGCCAAUAUUGCUUCCGGGAAUGCUACACCCGCUAUGUCGAUACUAAAGCCGCCGAGUGUUAUAAAGCCUGCAUGAUAAAGUUGCAAAUGUGGAUCAAUCUUUACUGGCUUGCAAAUCUGGAUAUAAGAGAUUGUCUUUCAAAAGGCUUUAUAUUUGCUUUAACAUCUCUUGCCCCGACGUCCUUCGUCAAUCAUAAGACCCAUACUGCUUUGAAGAGCAUUAAUCGGUCAAAAAAUUGAACGCAGAACUGAAGCAAAAUCGCCCA